UGGCGCAGGAGGACGCAGGCGGAGUCGGGGCCAUGGCGGAGAGCGACUGGGACACGGUCACGGUGCUGCGCAAGAAGGGCCCGAGCGCGGCUCAGGCCAAGUCCAAGCAGGCAGUCUUAGCAGCUCAGAGAAGAGGAGAAGAUGUGGAAACCUCCAAGAAAUGGGCAGCAGGGCAAAACAAACAGCAUUUUAUCACUAAGAAUACAGCCAAGCUGGACCGAGAGACAGAAGAGUUGCACCAUGACAGAGUUUCCCUUGAGGUAGGCAAAGUCAUCCAGCAGGGUCGACAGAGCAAGGGCAUGACCCAAAAGGAUUUGGCCACAAAAAUCAAUGAAAAGCCACAAGUUAUUGCUGACUACGAAUCUGGAAGAGCAAUCCCCAAUAAUCAGGUUAUGGGCAAGAUCGAAAGGGCCAUCGGGCUUAAGCUACGUGGGAAGGAUAUUGGAAAACCACUCGAAGCUGGUCCAAAAGGGAAAUGAAAACAAAGCCUCGAAAUCAGUUUGUUCAGACUGAUCUCGUCUGGCUGAUUCUCCUUAACCACCAGAAUCUCUCUUCGUAUUGCCAAGCUGAACAAGAGGGUUUCAGACUUGCUUGGGGGGGAAAUCUGCAGAAUCUCUACCUGCUGUAAAAAGGCAAAUUUAAAGAAGCGAUUUUCCUGAUUUUGUUUUUCCUUCCUCCUUUCCAGAGAUUGAGGAACUAAACCCAAAAACACUGCAUCUAACUUCGCCAGAAAAAAAUAUGCAUCUUGGUGUUUUAGAAGCAGCUACUGUUAAGACACUUGGGUGGUCUGAAGUGGGAUCAUUUAAUUGAAUCAGCUUUGGGGGUGGGUGGGAUAUAUGUAACAGUUUUGGAGAGGUGGGGGUUAGUCAUGUCUGUAUUGGAAAUGAGUGACUCCCAGUCACUGCAUCACAAUGACUCUUUGUUCCUUCCAGCCUGUUUUAAAGAGCUCUAUAAUAAAGUUUGAUACCCUUCAGUUGAAUGGCAUAGCCACUCCUUGGAUCUGCCCAUUGGUACUGUUUUCAGUCUUCCAUUGAGGAGGGUCUUGCCUUUCUGACUCCCUUUUAGGUCUGGCCAUAUAACUUAGUCUUGUUACACUUUCCACUAGACCCCAUGGCUGCUUUCACAGCUUCUGGUAACUUACUCUUCCUGGGUUCUUUGGCUCUAGAGAUUGGUGAAGUGUGGUGCUAUCCACAAUGAUCUGUUCUGAACAGCCUUGAUUCGAGUCCCCUGACAGUGCUGAUUCCAGCUCUGUGUAGCACAGUGAAAGGGUGACUUGAGAGCAGUGAGAUGGGAGUCCUAGGUUCUAGACCCCAGAGCAAAGACUGGAAUCUUUUAUUGUCGCCCCUAUUGAAUGCAAAAUGCAUGGGUAGUCCCCCUGAACUAGGUGCUAAGCUUCAUGUUGGAGCCUUCACCAGGAAAAUAGGUGGACUCUAGAGUUAUGUUCCAUCUUGCUGUCAUACUCUGCUGCAAAGAAAGAAAUGCCUUGACAGGAAGGUGGACAGUAUCUAUCCCAGCUAGACUAGCCUGUAAUCUGGAGGUUAAGGAAAUCUGAAGUUGAAAUGUUGUGUUGAAGAGUAUUGAAAUAAAAUCUCCCAUGUCAGCCUG